UGUUUUUUUCAGCCUUACUUUAAAAUUUAUAUUUCACUCUCUUCACCCGUGAAUAACCGGAGCCCCUGCCUGUAUCACUCAUCAUACACAUUUUUGCCCUUUCCACUCGAUAAGUACAUCAGUGCCCUGCAGUGCGAUUUGGAAGAAGUUGCAUCGCGCGUGGACCUGUCAGAUAACUGUGUCAGUGACUCAUCUUUCACCUACCUGGUCAAAGGAUUAACAAGACUCUUUUAAUCUUCGGUCAUCGACUUAAAGCUCACAAUCCUCCCAACUUUGUUUUUUCUCGCAACGGAAAUACCUCGUUUUGCAAAUAAGGCGCCUACCUCAAAAGCUGUUCAAUUUAUUUUUUUCCGACACGGUUAAUGACAUUUUAGCUCCUGAGCUGCAAUUUUUUCGAUUUUUCUGGCUUCUGUUUCAAUUAGCAUUCACCGAUAAGCAAAGGAGAUUUAUUUCGAUGGUACACCUUACAUAAUUUACCAUGGGUGUAAAGACGCACGUGAAUUGGAUUAUUGUCUCCGUAAGUGUUCUGUGGACCUCAGUGUUGUUGGCCGCCAUAGUUCAAGAUUGGCAGAAAUGGAUGAUAUUCCGAGAUGUGCACACCCACAAACUGAUCCCUGUGAUCAACCCGCCGACGAACAACGCGUCGAGGGUCCAGCUCUUGCGCAUGGGGCCCAUACCUUGCUCUUGUGAAAGUCUCAUUUGCGGUUGCUGCGUUUUCAUGGAUAUCGAGUAUUUUGACUACCACCGAAACGGUUGUAUGAAUAUGACUUACUACCCGAACGAUUUUGCCGUGGGAGCUAAUAUGUUGUGGAAUGGGGAAUCUGUGUGGUCUCAAAAUGUAUCAGGCAAGAACCCACCUCCUGUGUGCAUGCAGAUGCCGAUUCCGUACCUGCCGGCGAUGGACAUGUGCGUGCGCAUGUUCGACAUCUACACCCCCUCGGGCCCAGAAGGCUACAACAUCCACAUGUGCAUGAACUGGGAGUUCCGCACGGAGCGAGCCCCUCUGCUUGUCCUGGAGUUCGACUGCUUCCGCAUGGGACAGGACGGAUGGGCCAACAUCAAACCGGGCACCCCCAACGCCGGGCUCCCUGUCGACAUGGGCAUGGGCUCGGGAGGCGAAGGCAUGCCCGCAGCUGGAGAAGAGGCACCUCAAGGCGCAGAGGGAAUAGCGGGUGAAGUAGAAGGAGUAGUAGAUGAAGUUGUAGGUGAAGCUGAAGAGGCUAACGAUAACAAACGAAAUCUAACGACAACGACAAGAAAGCCACCCAAAAAAGUUCCACCACAACCACGUCCAUCAACAGCAGCCCCUUUUCUCAGCCUCGAGGUUGAGGAAUUAUCCAGCUCUAGUCUUAUAGUGCCUAACACAACUGACAAGUACUCCAGCAAUAAAGUAACACCGGAAGAGAAUAAUCUCGAAAUCAAAGCACCGAACUUGAACCUGAAUAUCAAGGAAUUCGAAGACCUUAACACAAGACUCAGUGUUCUCAACGCUCCAGAAAAAGUUGUCAAAAUAGACUUCAACCUGGAUACCUCUAACAAUACAAUCACCGAAAAGGCCAAACACGUGCAGUUCGCUAAAAACACGCAGUUUCCAAUCGUCAAAGAUGCGAUCGACCUAAAUCGGGAUCUUGAGUCUUUGAUCGAAGACCCGACGGAGGCAAGGACUUUGGGAUUGGACUACGAUAACUCCAUCCCAGAUUCGGUGCAAGUUUCGACCCAAGAUAGGAAACUGACCCGAUCCAAAAGGGAUGCGAAGGGGAGAGGAAAGCGCAUCCGGGAACGGGAGCGGCCGGCAAAGAAGAAGGACAAGAACCCGGACAGGAUCGAGAAUAAACGAAGAAAUAAGAACCGAAAUCGGAACAAGAACCGCGAAAAGCACAGGAACCGGAAUAAGCUCUACGCGCCGACGCUGAGUUUCAACAUCGUGGAGAUGUCGCAGGAAUACAAGUCCGGAAAAGAUAAACGCCCGAUGAUGUCUGGAUUCCAUGAUGAUAGUCGCUCCACGGCCGGUCCCAUGGGACCACCGAAAGAAAUCGUGCUCACGUACCCGGAACCUCGGGGUCAAAGGUCACUUCGAGAUCACUCGACAACGGACGAUAGUUCUUUGUGCCAUGCGGGCUCCUCUCAGGAAGCGGAAGAAAAUCCUCUUCCGAUAGGUAGAACUAGGAAAGUCUAUAAAGUAGUAGAAGAGCCGGAGGUGCGGGAGGAACCGGAAGAGGAUCCACUCCCGCAGAGAAGAACAAGGAAGAUGAGAGCGCCAGAUCAAGAAAGGAGGUCUCCCCAGGAAGGCAGAGCUAGAAACGGGAAUAGAGCCUUGUCUCAGGCGAAGAAGGGAUCUAGGGUCCCAACUCAGGAGCCGGAAGUGAAGUCGUUUCCGGAGGGGAGGCCCAGGAAAGGGAGGCGCGCACCGUCGCAAGACGUUAAGGCAGACCCAUCCGUGGAGAGCCGGCCCAGGAAGGGAAGGAGAGCACCGGAAUUGGAAGUCGGGCUCCGGAGAAUGCGCAGGUCGGUUGACCCGGGGGAUAGCACGGCGUUCCCUUACAGACCAGUGACGGAGAGACCGGAGACAGGGCCUGCGCGAGCACAGCGAACCCAUCGAGACCGGCGGGCGACCGUUGAGAACCGGCAGUCGGCCGAAGAGACCCAGCAGUCGGCAGAGGAGGACCGAAAGUCGGCUGACGAGAACCGGCAUUCGGCUGAGGAGAACCGUCAGUCGGCCGAGGAGGACCAGCAGUCGGCUGACGAGACCCAGCAAUCACCCGCGGAGAACCGUCUGUCGGCCGAUGAUGACGAACAGUCGGCUGACAAAGACCUGCGGUCGGCCGAUGAGAACCGGGCACGAAAACCUGGGAAGAAAAAUCGGCGGACAACGGCUCAUCCCUCAUUCGUGGCGCCGGCGUUGAACCUGGACAUCCUCGAGGUGGAGCCACCGUACCGACCUCUCUACGGCUACAACGAUAGGUACAAGUUGGAUCAGACCCUGACGUCAAUGACGACGCCUGCACCGACAACGAUGAGCCCAACGACGACGCCGAUGACGACACCGAUGACACUCAAGGUCGGGCCCGACAUCGACAUAAAUAUCAAUAACCUCUACAUAUAUUUGGCUACAUUCACGACCUACAUGAGAAAUGAGACGCUUGAUGAAUAUUAGGCCGCGUUUGCCGUGAAGGAGGUAUCGGAAGUGGAGGUAGAAUCCCUCUAGUGGCAGAUUUUUUACAUCUUAGGUCCUGGAUGUCGCAAAGGAGCAGAAAUAUUUUACAGUCUGUGGUUUCUCUCGUUGUCUUUGAUCAACUCAUUUCCGCAUUCCUCUUUCGUUUUGCUUGUUUCCCGCCGUGGCCAUAGCUCCCCGGUCCAUUCCAGGUUAUUAUAAUCUUUGCAACUAGCGAAAGUGUUUCUGCCCAUUUGUGACAUACCCAGAGACAAGAAACCAUGUGAGCCUAAUUAAACACAGGAACUAAUCAGGGAUGGGAUACUGAAUGUAUUAACUUGGGCUAAAAAUAGACUCUAUGGAUACUCGGAGUGAAAAGGAAGUGAUCUCAACUGACUUGAGAAUAACAAAAGUUUCGUUCAUUCUGUUUGAUAGACCAACUGGACGUAGUUCUACCAAACAGACCUAUGUGGAAGUGAGAAAUAUGUGGUGUGCUCGUUAGUCUCUGGCCGUAAGAGUGAAUGAGAAUAAUAAAGCGCCAGUGACGUCAGCGGCAAUGAUGACGCCCGCGAGCGAGGGGGAGAUGGUCGUCGGGGCGCUUUAACUCAUGAGCCCUGUCCACAACGCUUUCUUGCCAUGCCCGCGGCUCAUGAGUUCCGCACUCAGCUGCACAUAGGUCUGUUUGAUAGAAUGCAAUAUCCCGCUUUUCCA